UUAGUACAUUUUUCAUGAAAAAACAAAGUUGAAAGCUCAGACCCUUUUCUAGAGUGGAUUGGGUCUUUCUAAAGUCGUGACUGAGUGAGUUGUGACACUCAUGCCUACCCUUUUUUCACAACAUCUCAUCAAUUGACAUCGGGAAAUCCUAAUGAAUAGAGUAAACCCACCUGCCAGAAACAUCAAAGAUUAGUACUAAAAAGUUGAGGUUGCAAUUCACCCCCAUGAAGCUCUAUUCCUUCAAUUUUCUCAUUCUUUUGUUAACUUAUGGCAAUUGCAACUCAGACAUUCACAUUGGUUACCAGGUCACACUUGCUGUACCUGUGGUAUAUAGUAUGGGAUUCAUUGGGAGGGCUCUUCUAAUGGAGACUAGUCAAAUCGAGCCCAAUUUUAAAGCUGCAUUAAGUGUUGAGGCAGUUAAUGGAAAAUACUCAUGCUCCCUUGAAGUUUUCCUAGGAGAUGUGAAGGUCUGGAAUUCUGGCCAUUACUCAAGGUUUUACACUUGGGAUGAGUGUGUGCUUGAGCUGACUAAUGAUGGAGAUUUAAGACUAAAGGGUCCGAAAGAUCGCGUGGGAUGGCGAACUGGGACUUCUGGACAAAGGGUGGAGAGAUUGCAGAUACUGAGCACAGGAAAUCUGGUUCUAGUUGACAACAUGGACAGAAUAAAGUGGCAAAGUUUCAAUUUUCCAACAGAUGUAAUGCUCUGGGGCCAGAGACUCAAUGUGGCAACUCGCUUGACUUCAUUUCCAAGCAACUCAAGUUCAUUCUACUCCUUAGAGAUCCAACACAACAGGAUUGCUUUGUACCUGCAUUCUGGUGAGUGGAACUAUUCCUACUGGGAGUUUAAGCCUUCCAUGAACAGGAACAUCACAUUUAUCAAGUUGGGUUCAAAAGGCUUAGAUUUAUUUAGUGAUAAAUAUAAAAAAAUCGCGCAGAUCACAUCACAAGAAAAUCAACUUCUAAGAUUUUUAGCGCUGGGAAACGCGACAGGAAAUUUGGGGCUAUAUUUUUAUUCACCAGAAGAGAGAAAAUUUGAGGCCUCUUAUCAGGCACUCAAUACCACAUGUGAUCUUCCUCUGGCUUGUAAACCUUAUGGCAUUUGUACAUUCUCCAAUGCUUGUUCAUGCAUUGGGCUUUUAACAAAUGCAAAAAGUCCCAAUUGCAGUGGGGCAAUUUCUGGAGGGUUCUGUAACAUUAGUCAGGUGGAGAUGGUUGAAUUAGGGGGUGUUAGUAGUGUGCUGCAGGGUGUUCCUAAAAUGGUUAAUGUUAGCAAAGAAGAUUGUGAAAAGUUGUGUUUAGAUGAUUGUACAUGUGCAGCUGCAUUAUAUUACCUACAAGAAUGCUAUCUUUAUGGGCUAGUUAUGGGAGCUAAACAGGUUAUAAGGGGAGCUGGAUUUACUUAUAUGGUUAAGGUUCCAAAGGGAACUCAUGGCAGUCAUGGUAAGUCUAAUGUCAAGAAAUGGGUUUUGGUCAUGGUAGGAGUGGUUGAUGGAUUGAUUAUUGUACUUAUUUUGGGAGGCUUUGGUUACUGCUUCGUACAAAAAAGAAGGAAAAACUUGCUGAAUACUGAUAGAAAUUAGAAACUCUUGACUUCGAUUCGCAGAUUUUUUGUGGGAAUUCAAAUUACCAUUACAAUU